CGGAGAAUUCCACAAAAGUAGGAAAUGAGCAACAGUCACUGGCAGACCUGCAGGGCUGCUGGAGCACAAAGAGCCCAGCUGCAGUACCACGCUAAGGGAAGUUAAGAAGCUUCGAUAUCCUGUAGGAAAUCUACUGGGAAAAUGAGUCCAAAUGCUUGCUGGCUUUGCAUGACAUUCAGAGCAGAAGAAAAUGGGAUCAUUUCUAAAGUGUCUUUGGAUGAAGUGCUACAGUGGUCCCAGUCUUUUGAAAAACUGAUAAUGAGUAAAUAUGGACCUAUGAUCUACAAGACCUACUUGAAGACAGAGCACAGUGAUGAAAACAUAGAAUUCUGGCUUGCUUGUGAAGCUUAUAAGAAGAUCACAUCCCAAAGAAAAAGGAUUUAUGUGGCCAGGAAACUUUUUACAAAUUACAUUCAAUCCCAGGCUCCAAAAGAGAUUAACAUUGACAGCCCAGUGAAGAAAUCAAUUGUCAGGAACCUACAGGAACCAACAGAGUCCUGUUUUGAUGAAGCACAGCGAGUAGUGUACAUGCAUAUGGAAAGAGAUUCCUACCCUCGAUUUCUUGAGUCAAAGUUCUAUCAACAGCUCAAACACAGACUCCGAACUGAUAGCAAUAUUCCAUCAGUAUAUUAAAGAGAAGGGCUGAAAACCUCCUUCUCUAGCCAGCGUUUCUAAGACUUAAAGUAAACAACAACAACAAAAAAAUCACAGUACAUUAGUGUUAAUAAUCAUCUGUUACAUUGUUCUUCUGAUCUCAGAAUUGAUGAAGAACUACUUUCCCUCUUUUCCGAUGGAUGGGUUCCAAUUUUGUCUUUUUUUCCCCUCCCUUCUCCUCUCACCAAAACUCUGAAGUGAAAAAUAAAGUUUAUAGAUCUUCAGUCCAAAAAAAAAAACAA